AUGAACCUGAUCGGGGGUUACCAGCAUCACCACCACCUGAUGCACGAGCCCUUCCCCUUCGUCCAGCGGUGCCACCAGGACGCGCCCUACUUCCAGAGCUGGGUGGUGAACCACGGCGAGGUGCCCCCGGACUUCCAGAUCCAGGCGCCCUACCCGGCCGCGGAGCUCGGCGCGCCCGGGGCGACGCACGAAGGCCGACUGGAGGGGCUCCAGGCCGGCAUGGGGAAGCGGAGAGCGUCGGGGCCGAAGAAGGAACGCCGCAGGACGGAGAGCAUCAACACAGCGUUCGCCGAGCUGCGGGAGUGUAUCCCCAACGUGCCGGCGGACACCAAACUGUCUAAAAUCAAAACGUUGCGCCUGGCGACGAGCUACAUCGCGUAUCUGAUGGACGUCCUGGCCAAAGACUCCGGAGAGACUGAAGGCUUUAAGGCCGAGAUUAAGAAAUUUGAAAACCGGGAUUUGAAAAGGAAGCGGGAGCUGACCGACGGCCUGCACGAGUCUUUAGGAGCCGAGAAGAAGGCGAAGGGUCGGACCGGGUGGCCGCAGCAGGUCUGGGCUCUGGAGCUCAACCAGUGAAAAAAAACCCAAACUCCUCACAGACUCCGGAUUCAAAUCGGAUUAAAAAAAAAAAAAAGAAACUGAAGAAAAACCACUGACUGGGUGAACCUGAACGCACCGCUGUGGUGCGUAAAAGCCUCCCGGAGCGCAGAGGCUGUGGACGGUUGUUGGAUACUUGGCUGCUCGUCUUUCCGUCCUGAUGUGUUUUUCUUUUUUCUCCUUUCUGACUCCAGAUCUGACUGUAGGUGUUUGAAAAUGCGCUUUUUCUGCUUUUUGAUGUUUCCACCCUCUGCAGGACUGCGCGCCAGAUGUGGCGACGGUGUCACAGAAACAUCUGUCUCCGCUGAAAGAAUGUGUUUAUCCGGCUUCGUCCUGCGCGUUCAGCUGCGAGAAAGAAAGAAAGACGUGAAAUAAAGAAAUUAAAAUCAAAUUGGAGGAGUUUUAGAACCACUUUAGGUGCGCAAAAAAAUCUCUGUAUUCCAGCUGGAUGUCUCCUCUCAAACCCGCCUUUAGUUUCAUUUUCGGACUCAGAUUUUAUUUUAUUUUAUUAUUAUUUUUUUAUCCAAUCAAGAAAAAAAUAUUA